CCUCCCGCUCCCUCUCCCGUCUCUCCGCCUCACUACCGGCAGCAGCAGCAGCGGGUAGCAGCUCCCGGUGCAGCAGGGACGGGGCGAAGCGGCCUGAGCCCACGGAGAGUCUACUACAGCCCGGAGCCUGUCGCCACCCCUCUCCGGAUCCACGCGCCCACGAUGCCCUCGGCCACCAACACCAGCAGCAGCAGCGGCAAAGCGUCCGGGCCGCCGCCCCCGCCGGGCUCGUCGUCCUCCGGCAGCGAGGCGGCCGGGGCUCCGGGCCCGGUGGGCGCCUCGGGGCCCGGGGCGGCGGGCCCUCAGCAGCAGGCCGCGGCCGGCGGGACCAGCGGAGGCACCGGCGCCGUGCAGACCGAGGCCAUGAAGCAGAUCCUGGGGGUGAUCGACAAGAAGCUCCGUAACCUGGAGAAGAAAAAGGGCAAACUUGAUGAUUACCAGGAUCGAAUGAACAAGGGAGAGCGCCUUAAUCAAGAUCAGCUGGAUGCAGUGUCCAAGUACCAGGAAGUCACCAAUAACUUGGAAUUUGCAAAGGAACUGCAGAGGAGUUUCAUGGCUCUGAGCCAAGAUAUUCAGAAAACAAUAAAGAAGACAGCCCGUCGGGAGCAGCUUAUGCGGGAAGAAGCUGAACAGAAACGUUUAAAGACCGUACUUGAGCUGCAGUUCGUUUUGGACAAAUUAGGGGAUGACGAAGUGCGCAGUGACCUGAAGCAAGGCCUAAAUGGAGUGCCAAUACUCACUGAGGAAGAACUGACAACGUUGGAUGAGUUCUACAAGCUGGUUGAGCCUGAUCGAGACAUGAGUUUGAGAUUAAAUGAACAGUACGAACAAGCAUCCAUUCACCUGUGGGACUUACUGGAGGGGAAGGAAAAACCGGUGUGUGGAACAACCUAUAAAGUCCUAAAGGAACUUGUUGAGCGCAUUUUCCAGACAUGUUAUUUUGACAGCACCCACAACCACCAAAAUGGAUUGUGUGAAGAAGAGGAGACAGCCCCGGUACCUGCAGUUGAAGAUCAAGUAACAGAAGCCGAACCUGAGCCAGCAGAAGAAUAUGCUGAACAAAGUGAAGUUGAAUCAACAGAGUAUGUAAACAGGCAGUUUAUGGCUGAAGCGCAGUUCAGCAGCAGUGAAAAGGAACAGGUUGAAGAGUGGGCAGUCGAAACGGUUGAGGUUGUAAACUCACUUCAGCAGCAACCACAGGCUACAACCCCGUCGGUCCCAGAGCCCCAUACACUGACAACAGUGGCCCAGGCAGACCCUCUUGUGAGGAGGCAGCGAGUUCAGGACCUUAUGGCACAAAUGCAAGGGCCAUACAAUUUCAUGCAGGAUUCCAUGCUGGAUUUUGAAAAUCAGACCCUGGACCCUGCCAUUGUCUCUGCACAGCCCAUGAAUCCAGGACAAACUAUGGACAUGCCACAGCUGGUUUGCCCUCCUGUUCAUACUGAGUCCAGACUUGCUCAACCUAAUCAAGUUUCUGUGCAACCAGAAGCCACACAGGUUCCUUUGGUUUCUUCCACAAGUGAGGGGUACACAGCCCCACAGCCCAUGUACCAGCCUUCUCAUAAUGCAGAACGGCCCCAAAAAGAAUCAAUUGACCAGAUUCAGGCCUCAAUGUCUCUAAGUUCAGAUCAGACAGCAGCAUCUUCACCCCUUCCUGCUGUCUCUCAGCCUCAGGUAUUCCAGGCUGGAACUAGCAAACCUCUCCAUAGCAGUGGAAUCAAUGUCAAUGCAGCACCAUUCCAGUCCAUGCAAACGGUGUUCAAUAUGAAUGCACCAGUUCCUCCUGUUAAUGAGCCAGAAACCUUAAAACAACAAAAUCAAUAUCAAGCUAGUUAUAAUCAGAGUUUCUCUAACCAACCUCAUCAAGUAGAGCAAUCAGAACUUCAGCAAGAACAGCUCCAGACAGUGGUUAGUGCCUACCAUGGUUCCCAGGACCAGUCCCACCAAGUGGCAGGUAACCACCAGCAGCCUCCGCAGCAGAAUACGGGCUUCCCACGAAGCAGUCAGCCUUAUUACAACAGCCGAGGUGUACCUCGUGGCGGAUCUCGUGGCACUAGAGGCUUAAUGAAUGGAUACAGGGGCCCUGCCAAUGGGUUCAGAGGUGGGUAUGAUGGCUACCGGCCUUCAUUUUCUAACACUCCAAACAGUGGUUACACGCAAUCCCAAUUUAAUGCUCCUCGAGACUACUCCAACUAUCAACGGGAUGGUUAUCAACAGAACUUCAAACGUGGCUCUGGACAGAGUGGACCACGGGGAGCCCCUCGAGGUCGUGGAGGUCCUCCAAGACCCAACAGAGGGAUACCGCAAAUGAACACUCAACAAGUGAAUUAAACGGAUUCACUGGAUUAUGUUGAAACGCCAAAAACACACUGGCCAGUGUACCAUAACAUGUUACCAGAAGAGUUAUUAUCUAUUUGUUCUCCCUUUCAGGAAGCUCAUUGUAAAGGGACUGUUUUCAUCCCAUAAAGACAGGACUCCAGUUGUCAGCUUUAUAUUACCUGGAUAUGGAAGGAAACCAUUUUUACUCUGCAUGUUCUGUCCUAAGCGUCAUCUUGAGCCUUGCACAUGAUAUUCAGAUUCUUCACCCUUGCUUAGGAUUAAAGCAAAAGCAACACACUUUCAGGGUGGUCAAAUCUCCAUGAUUAUUUGAAGUGGCUGGAAAAAGCAAGAUUGACUCAUUUUUGACAUUGGAUAAAAUCUGCAAAUCAGCCCCAGAGUUGUUGUUCUGAUGGUAAUUGACAAAACUAAAAUAUUUCCCAUGAAAGGAAGCUGCAAGUUGUGGAGUGUGGUUUGGCAGAGUAACUACAUUUCACUGCUUUUCCGGUUAAAUUUGGAGCAAGGAGUGUUUUGGGAUGCAUAGUAAAUGAUGCAUGGGCCCCUAUAGUUACACAGAUGAGGCUGAAAACCAACACUUCGUCACCAGGCCAAACUUCGCUGUGGUUAAAAAAUAUAUAUAUAUAAAUUGCUUUGCGAAAGCUGAUAUUGUAUGACAAAGCCAAAAUGAAAAAUUAGGCUUUGAUUGGCACUUUACAGAAUCUGCAACAACUAUGGGAUGUAAUCUGGAUUGGCCGCUUCUGUAUUUAAUGUGAAGUAUUUAGAUACCUUUUUGAACACAUUUAACAGUUUCUUUGAUAGCAAUGACUUUUUGUAAGGAUUGGUAUUGUAUAUUUAUCAUUCCUUAUGACAUGCACAUAGCUGUCACUAAUACUUGACCUUGCUGUAUUGUCAUAUAAAUAAUUGGUUCAGGUACUGAUGAAAAUCUCUAAUGGAUAAUUGUAACACUUUUGGUCACAUGUCUCUUUCCCGCAGCCAGAAGGUUUUUAAGAGAAAAAUAUCAAAUGCCUGCCGCUGCCGCCCUUUUAAUUGCUAUCUUUUGAAAAGCACCAGUAUGUGUUUGGAUCGAUUUCCCCUUUUAAGGGAAAUGACAGCCAGCAGUUUCGGUUCUAAUGGUAUACGCAAAGACAAAUAAAACAUGUUUAUAAAAAUUGUAUCCUGGAACACUGAUGUACAAUGGUUAACAUGCUUAUAAGAUUGCUGUUAUACAGUCAUUUCGUUACUGUCUCACGAAUUUUUGCUUUUGAGGUUUUCCAACAGUCAUUCCUGUGGUACCUGCACUUAUGUCCUUGUCUUUAAUAAUCCACACUAAUCGAGUUCUUGGUCUUGUGGAGGCAUUAUUCAUAGUCCUGUUUUUACCCUAUGACGAGAAUGCUUAGGGAGACGACAGCCACAGGUUGAAAAGCAGAGCCCAGUUCAGUUGUGGCUUAGCCUUUGUCCAGGUUGAGACUCACACUGGCUGUUGUGUCGGUUAUACUGCAAUGUGCCUGUGAAUUUACAGCUGCUGCUUGUCACGUCCCACUUUGAGUUUGUGUUGGUUUAAUCCCGUGUUAAGCAAAAGCUAUUAAGUUAAUGAUACUUAUUUCUCAUAUAAAGAUUUAGUCGCUUCAGUAGUUUGAUCAGUAAGCGUUCAACUCUUUGACGAUUCUGAAAUUGUUAGAAAACUGGAUUUUUUUUCAAAAUUGUAAUUUUACUAAAAGGGUUAGGUGAUUGACUCUUAGAACAUUCCACAUUCAGAGAUUUUUCUUUUUGUAGGGGGUCUUUAUUGUUUUAUUUUAAAAUAAAGUAAGUUCCUGUCUUUUCUCA